UAGAGGAGUUAGGGACCCAAUUACAUGGUUGCCCCCAAUCCCCAAUAACGAACCCAAGUCCUCGGCACCGUAGCCCUCUUUUUGCUCUCACUCUCUGCGCGUCGCCGCCUCCGGCCUCCGCCUGCUACCGUCGUGCUCCGCCUCUCCUCUCUCUGCAGCUGCUGCUCCAAUGUCGCUAGUUCCCCUGCCACUGUGACGGCAGUAUGUGCAAUGAUGUGGCUGAAGAGCAGUUUUCAUAAAGUGAGGCACUUUUCCAGAGUGUCACCUCCACUACCUGAUUGUGUUGUUCGAGUUUCCAACAACAUAACUCAUUUAGGUCAUCCUAAAUCUCCCCAUAAGCCACGUCAGCUUUUAUCAUUGCCUCCACUGCCACCUCAUCCUCUACCUGGAAAGAAUGCUUCUCCUGAUUCUCAUAUCACUGCCAUUAGCUGGAUGAAAUAUUACUUUGCUGAUGUCACUCCCUCUGUCAUCCAAUCACAUUUCAACAAGGGCCUUGUGAAAAUGGAGUGUCAUGAAACAAAAAGCUUAAAAAAGAUUAAACAUAAUGAGGUGAUGAAAAUGGGUUCUACACUUCAUGUGGCUGUAUCUGUUGCUGAAUCAAGAAUCUCAAAGAGAUUCGAUACAAUUCCAACUGCAUCUUUAUCUCCAAAUGCAGAUGAAAUUCAAUAUUUGCAAAGACUUGUUUUGUACAAGGAUUCUGCUCUACUUGUUUUGAAUAAGCCACCAAAGGUGCCUUUAAAGGGGAAUCUUGCUGUUCAUAAUAGCAUGGAUGCACUUGCAGCUGCAGCAUUAUGUUAUGAUUAUGAUGAAGGCCCUAAACUGGUUCAUCGUCUUGAUAGAGAAAGCAGUGGGAUUCUUCUAAUGGGAAGAACAAAAGAGACCAUAUCUUAUCUUCAUUCUUUGUUUAGUGAAACAAAACCAUCACUUAAGGCAUUGAAUGAUACGUUUCAAAGAUAUUGGGCACUGGUGAUAGGUACCCCAAAGCAAAAUCAGGGCAUAAUCCAUGCCCCUCUCACAAAGGUGGUGCUUAAUGGUGGAAAAGCGGAGAGGGUAAUGUUGGGAUAUGGUUGUAAUCUAGAAACUUCCCAAGAGGCCGUAACAGAGUAUCGUGUACUGGGCCCUACAAUAAAUGGUUGUUCGUGGCUCGAGUUGAGACCACUCACAAACCAUAAGCAUCAGAUGCGAGUGCAUUGUGCGGAAGCUUUGGGGACACCAAUUGUGGGGGACUACAAGUACGGAUGGUUUGUGCACAGCAAAUGGAAGCAAAUGCCAAGGCCCGAUUAUGAGCCCACAACUGGUGAGCCUUACAAGAUGAGAAGGCCCGAUGGGUUGGAUGUUCAGAAAGGAAGUGUAUUGUCCAAAGUACCCUUGCUACAUUUGCAUUGUAGGGAGCUUGUUAUUCCUAAUGUUGCCAAGCGUCUUGAGGGUAAAAAUGUAAAAUCCAAGCCGGAUGUUCUUCGGUUUGUCGCACCCAUGCCUUCUCAUAUGAAGAUUAGUUGGAAUUUAAUGUCGUCUUAUUUGGUUUGACUUUGACUUUUGUACAUGUUUUAAUGUUUUAUAUAAAAAUAUAUUAUUAUGUUAA